CAAGUGAUCGCGGAGCUCCAUGGAGACGAAGAGGAGGAGCGGAGGGGCGAUCCUUGGAUCCGCGAUCCGGCUCGCCGCGAUUCUGGCGAUCUUCGCCCCCGUCGCUUCGAUCGACGACAAAUGCGCCGCUUGCAACGCCGUCGCGGCUGAGAUAGAGAUUGGACUUUCUAAUGAGAAACCUAGAAACCAUCUAGAUAUGCGUCAUCGUUUGGAUUCUAGAGGUCAACGUGAAGGAAAAGUAAUUGAUUACAGAGUGAGCGAGUUAAGAGUGGUUGAACUUCUUGAUGGUCUUUGUGAAAAAAUGCAGGAUUAUACUCUGGAGAAGUUGGAUUCUGGUGAACAAGCAUGGAUAAAAGUAAGAGAUUGGAACAGCAUUGAAGGCGAUAAGCAAGAAGCACGUGCAUACUCAAAAGACUUAUCCUCCUUCUGUGGAAGGUUGUUGGAGGAAACAGAGGAUCAGCUUGCUGAGUGGAUAAAAAGAGGAUCUGCAGAAUCUGGGGGAGUAAGCAAAGCCCUUUGUCAAGAUCUUACCGAGCACUGCAGCUACUCCAGGUCCUCUAAGAUGUACGAUGGAGAGUUAUAGACAACAAACAAACCACAACCAAAGAUUCUUCAGGAAGUUGUUUCCGAAGUAGGAACUAUGAUGAGUUCAGUCAAUUAUUGAAAAUCCUUUUUAUCUUUUGCUCUAGGAAUCAAUUCUAAUAUGAGGAAAUAACAUUUUUACGAUACAAAUAUUUACUAAGAAAAAUCUGAUGUAAUCUUUGAUAUAUUUGAAACUUUCG